GCGACGCCAUAAAAGGGCGGGCCGGGCGAAGUGGGCAUAACAAAGGGCGGCCGCGCGCCGGGUGAGGGGCUUUGUACCUGGCGCGUCCAGCCCGCCCGAGCCGCCGGGCCCGCCGAGCCGCCAAUGAAGUGUGAAAACUGCACCAAGAAGGAAUGUAGUAAGAAACAGAAAAAUGAUGACAAGCAAAAUGCAUCUGUUGAUACCCUAAGUUCAAAUGAUGAAGAGAAAAAUGAGUUCCAUAAGUUGGCUAAUGCUAAAAUAUUCCUUAGUGACUGCCUAGCUUGUGACAAUUGUAUGACAUCUGAAGAAGGAGUUAGGGUUUUCCAGCAGAAUCAGAAAGAGCUUUUCCGUAUACUCAACCUUAACAAGAAAUGUGAUGUCUCAAAACACAAAGUUUUGGCAGUGUCUAUAUGCCCUCAAUCAUUGCCUUAUUUUGCUGCUAAAUUCAAUAUCUCUGUAAAUGAUGCAGCCAAGAGACUUUGUGGCUUUCUCAAAAGUCUCGGGGUACAUUAUGUAUUUGACACCACUAUAGCUGCUGACUUCAGCAUCCUGGAGAGCCAGAAGGAAUUUGUGCAGCGCUAUCGCCAACGGAACCAGGAGGAGCAUGCCUUACCGAUGUUUGCCUCUGCUUGCCCUGGUUGGAUCCGGUAUGCUGAAAGGGUACUUACCAAUCCAGUGACUCCACACAUUUGCACUGCAAAGUCUCCACAGCAGAUCAUGGGCUCCCUGGUGAAGGGUUACUUUGCCAGGCAACAGAAUCUGUCUCCAGAUAAAAUGUUCCAUAUAAUUGUGGCACCUUGCUAUGACAAAAAACUGGAAGCCUUGCGGGAAGACUUUUACACUGCCUUGUACAAUUCUCAGGAUGUCGAUUGUGUGCUAACAUCAGGUGAAAUUGUCCAAAUAAUGGAGCAGAAAAAUAUAUCUAUGACAGAUGUGACUGAAGUAGCUGUAGACAGUCUGUUUGGUGACAUAAAAGAAGUGGAUAUAGUAAGACAUGAUGGGAAGAGAUCUGACGGUUACCUAGAGCACAUCUUUAAAUAUGCUGCAAAGGAGCUCUUUGAUAUGGAUGUUAAUGAAAUCACCUACAAAGCACUAAAAAACAAGGACUUCCAGGAAGUCGCCCUGGAAAAAGAUGGUGAGACAGUGUUGCGUUUUGCAGCAGCUUAUGGCUUCAGAAACAUUCAAAACAUGGUCCUGAAAUUAAAAAAGGGGAAGUUCUUGUAUCACUUUGUGGAAGUUCUUGCAUGUCCUGGAGGGUGCUUAAACGGAAAAGGCCAGGCCCAAACAGAAGAUGGAAAACUAGACAAAGCAUUGCUUAACCAGAUGGAGGAGAUGUAUGCUGCUGUCCCUGUAAGGCUUCCAGAAACCAACAUGUAUGUGCAGAAGCUGUACCAGGACUGGCUUGAAGGGAUGGAUUCCAAGAAGGUCCAAGAAACUCUGCACACCAAAUACCAUGCCAUGAAUCAAACUGUGAACAGCUUGGAUAUCAAAUGGUGACAAAUGAGACUCACAAAAGCUUAAAGACUUGCAUAGGUUAGCUAUAAAUUCAGCACUGGAACCAUUCUAUGCAAUUGCAGAUGCUAUGCAGUAGCCAGGUGUAUAAACGAUACAUUUUCCUAAUUGCAGACCAUACUCUCAAAGAAACAUUGCUUUUUAGGUAGGGGGCUGGUUUGUUUGUUUUUUUUGUUUUUGGUUUGUUUUUUUUUUUGCCUGCUUCUGCUCCCCUCCCCAAUAAAUGCCUUGGUGUAUUCUGGCACCUGCUAGACUUUGCGCUUCAUCUCCUGUGUAUAUGGGGCUUUCUAAUUUGCCUAGGGUACUGUGAGCACUUUUUGCCAGGUACAAAGUGCUUUCAACUCCCAGUUAAAUUAUUUCAGGUCAGGGGUUCUCACCACUUUGCAGAGCUGGACCCCUAAUAUGGGGAUCUCACCUAACCCUUGUGUGUUGUUGUUUUCAUCAGAGGAAAGUAGCCACCACAAGAUUGGUGAAGUUAAGGGUACAAUGUUAGGACUCCUUUUUGCCUAAAAGGCUACUUUAGUGACAAGUGAGAAAUGUAAUGAAUAAAUUUAAAUCUAUUUAUUCCAGGAGCAUUACAUUUUAAGUUCUUAUACCAAAACCAAAUGUUGGCAGUCGGCUUCCUAUUGACGCAUUAACCCUGGGAUUGGGGUUUGCAGGCGGUCCUAAAUCCUGUUAACUUCUCUCUAGUUUUUCAUAAACUAGAACCCUGGUUGAAAGUGAAUUGCUUGCAAUACAUUUCUUAUUUUGUCUGACUUCAUUAUGAAAGUGAGACACUGAUAGCAACAUUUUGUCUGUCUUCAUAUGGUAUUAUGUGCCCACUAAAAAUCCACACUGCCCCUAUGCUACGAGAUUUACAACACCUCUGCUGUUUUAUUUUCAGCUAUUCCUGAGACAACGCCAGAUUGCGUUGUCAUUUUGUAAUACUGACAGUCAUUUCUCUUUCUUUGAGUGCCUCUAAUUUUUAAAAAAAUCUUAAUUUGUGGAAACUAGUGGGCUAAUAGAACACAGUACAAACUGAAAUUCCUAAUCUGGGUGAAUUUUAGUUUUGCAAUACGUUGUAUGGAUGUCUUGUUUAAUUAACAUCUAAAAAGUGGUACUUUGUAUAACCUUCCUUGCACUCUCAUAAUUCAUGGGGGUUAUGUUUAAGAAUGUGAUGCAAAAUUCCAGCUAUCAAAGUCGUCUUUCAGUUUUAUAGAAACAUUUAUGCUUUUGUGUGUUUUGGGGUUUCUUUUAUUUUUUUUUUUUCUAUUGGCCUUCUUUAACAAAAGGAGUUUUUAACUUGCACAUUCCAUUUCAGAAAAUGUGGAUGGGCUUUGUCAUGAUUUGAGGAAGUGUUUUAAAUGCACCUAACUUGUAAUCUGUUACUGUGCUUGUGUGUAGCAGCUGAUGUUACAAGACCCCUAAAUUCAAGAUCAGGAUCGAGCCCUCCACUAGGAGUCAUUCACUGCUUCCUUUUUUAAUAACCACCAGCCUAAUGGUACAUAAAGAAAGCUUUUGCCAUUUAUUAUUAUGUAUAGCAACAGGGUUGCAGUGAGAAACAAGAAAUGGUACUGAAAACAUAUGUAACCUGUUAGAAGAAGCCAGUGGUAUAAAAUGGACCUGCUGACUCAAGUGUGGCUUCCACCUAGGCUUCCUCUCCUUCAAUAAUAAUUAAUUUCAAUAUAAAGGGAUGUGUUCUCCUUCCAGUGCAUGUAGAUUUGACUGGUAUGGCUACCUGCAUGCACAAAAUGAUUAUACCUUUUAAGUAAGCUUUUUAUGGGAUUCAUUUUCACUAAAUAAUGUAAAAUGUUACAUUUUUUUAAAGUGGUGCAAUAACUGAACACAGCUAUAAAAAAACAAAUAAAUAAAAAUCUACCUCCAUACUUGAGAAGGAGUCCAGAGGAGCAGAGAGCUUGGGGGGUGGGAAAAAUAUCUUUUUUUAAUGUACCUAUACUAAAAAUGAUCUGUGUAUUUUCAUGAAGCUUGUGAACACAGCUACUUACAGCUUAUUUUCUAGAAACAACAUAAGAUCCCUUCAGUUUCAUUUUCUUGAUCCAGUAUGAUUUCCUCAGUGCUUCAAUUGAAUUAACUUGUAAUUAAAUGUUCUAUGGUUGUAUAUACAUUUUUCUCUCUGUAUAUAUGGUUUAUAGCUGGAUGAUAUGUUUAAAUUAUAUAUAUAUAUAUUAUUGCUUCAGUCCUGUGUAUAGUAUGUUUCAUUUACAAAGGAAAAAAGUGCAUGUACAUGACAACAUGAAAAAUAGCUUUGUUUAGAUUUCUAAUUAAAUUUUAGUUCUUUACCAUGCUGUGAAAGAGCUGCUUUCCUCUUCCAAAGUGUGUUCUCAAGUUUAAGUCUAGAAAGAAAAAAGAAAGUUCUUUGUCUUGUUAUGCAGCUGUCUGAUAGUGCAAGUGAAACCCUUCUGCCACUGUACUUCAGUGCAAAUGCCAAUGGCAUUUUAAAAUCUAUUUCCAUGUAGAAGUGUUGCCACAAGAAAAGUUUCAAAUGGAACAUUAAAUCUGGCUCAAAAAAAUGCAAGUUGCUCUUUUUCCUAUUUAUAUGGAAAAGCAACAGCUAAACAUGGUUUACAAAUAAAAUUAUUUUUCUACUUUAAAUGUAGAAUGCUCCAUGCCAUUAAAGUAAUAGUAACCUAUUAAUAAAAGCUGUAUAGUAAUUGAAUGCAACAACAUCCCUUGAAAGAAAAGUGCUGGGGAGGGGGGCAGCACGAGUUAAAUGUUCAAUUAACGGAACAGCCUUAAUGGCUACCCAGAAUGACUAAUGACAUUACAAUUAAGGUGUCUGGUUUGGUAGUUGUUGGGAGGCCUCUUGUUUAAACAAGUUUUACAAAAUGUUUUUUUUCUUUUCUUAUAACUUAAAGAAGAAGCAUCUCUCAAAUAUUGUCUCCCAUUUAACUGUCUGCUUGUAGGAAAAAAUGUUUUUAAUGGCAGAACUAGAAGCUUCUUUUCUGGAGUGUGUGGGUUUUGUUUUGUUUUGUUUUUUUUUCAUUUUGGGUAGAAUUCAUCAUGAUAAAAGCUUCUUGUAACUUUGGAUAGGUAUGUGGAAAUGCUUACAAUUCUGGCCUUUAAAACUAUAUGAAGAAAGUUACUCAUUGAGAGUGGGUGCAACAAGAUAGCUUCUGAAGCUGCACUGAAUUCAUCCUGGUUCCAUCUAUGCCCUUGAGCUGUUUUUCAGCAGCAGUUCAUUUACACUUUUUGUUGAUAAAGGGUAUCUACAUUAGGUGAAGUUCCUAAUAGCCAUAGCCAUUGUGUUUCAGUCCCGGUUGAAUGUUUUGCUAGGCAAGCUAUUUUUCUCUUAUCCAGAAAUAUACUUAUCCAGUUGUUAAGCAAAGCAAACAUCUGUAGGUGGGAAGAAGGGGGAAGUUAGCCAAAUAAAAUUACUAAAUUGAAUUAGGAGGUUGUCUUACAUGCUGUAAAUAUUCUGAAGUGUAAUGUGCCAGUGGUGAGAGGUAUUGUAUUAUAGUAUUUUUCUGAAGACUCUAAGAGAAAGUAUAAAUAUUGUAAAGACAUUGUGCCAAGACCUCUGAAAUAGGAGUUUGCCUCUCUGUAAGCCAGUAAUCCAUAGCAUUUGUUUGUCAUGCAUUGUGAAGAUGAACUUGGGCUGUAUACCUAAUAAAAACAGAUGUCUGUACACACUUGGCAGCUACUGCCAGAUGAUAUUUAGAUGACAGCAAGUUAUUUAAACUUUGGUGCUUUGUAUUUCAAAUAGUGCAUUGCCACACGUUGCCCUAAUAAAUACUUCUAACAUUUAAA